UGCUCUUGAGUAAGUUUCAUUUGCGCACUUUAAUCAUUUGAUUCACUUAAACUGGAUCCUUAUAAACUAGGCAAAACCCUAUAAUAUAGUUAAAUUUACAGCAACAAUUUGGUCUCACAAUUUGUUCAUCUCAAUCUAAACCAACGGUUUUUGUGCAUUUCAAAUACGAUAUCUGGUUAAGCUGGUCUAAUACUUGAUCCAACAACAAGUCCUAUCAACUUUCCCUAUCAACCUGCUUGUAACGCGUUUUCUGGUUACAAGUUAUCUUGUCUUUUAAUUGUUGUUUUAUUAAUUGUAAUUUUGAUUCCAAGUGAAAAACCAGUUUAAUUAUACAAUCAGCUAAUUAUGUUGGUACAAUUGAAGAUGAUUAAAGGAACAAUACAAUCUGCUGCUGUGCUUUUAGUUAUUUCACUUUUCAUUUUACUUCUUCUGACUCUGGAUGCUUCAGCAAAGGAGGACUCAUCAUAUGGUAAAGAGCCUCUUGGUAAUUAUUUGCGGAUGCCAAUAAGAAGAGCUGGAUACAUGAGACCAUGGAAAUUUUUGUAUCGUUCACAAGAUAAUGAUUAUGAUGCUGAUCGUGAGAUUGGUUGGCCAUUUAUACCUAAAAGAUCUGGUGUUGAUCCUUUAUUUGGAGUAACUGUUGGUAAACGAUCAAUUGUUCAAUUACCUCUAAAUGAUCAAGCUGACUAUCAAUCACAAUAAGUCUUGGAUAACCAUCACAACCAAGCAAAACCCAAAACUCACCACCAAUUUUCAUCAUAAAUCACGACAAUCUUCACUAUUAAGGAUACUCAUAAGAAGGGAGUUAUUAAGCAAACAAGCAGUUUAAUCAAAAUGUUAUUCUCUCUCAAUCAAAAUGGACUAUUUAAUCAUUUCAAUUCACUUGUAUUGGGUUAAUCUGAUCAUAAUGAAGACAAAAAUCAAUGCAAUCUAAAUAAAGGGAAAACAAUUAUGGUUUUUGUUUCAAUCCAACCUUUGGUUAAAGUUUAAUUUGAAUAA